AUGCUGGCUUCCUCGUCAUCAGUUGAUAACAAUGAUGAAAAUUUUGAAAGUAGGCUCAAGAAGAGGAAGAUCAAUCCCGAAGAGGCCAAACAAGAAGAAACAAAGUUAACAAGUGAAGAGGUUGAUAACUUGUUUGCCAAGUUGGGAAAGAAAUUAAAAUCGAAAAUACCUGUUGCCUUUUCUUUGGAUUUUGAAUAUGUGCAAACAAAGGGAGACAAGUUUAAUACUCCUGAGAAGAUGAAUGCUCCUCUUGAUGUGAAGAUUUCAUAUAGAAAUGAGAUUAUUUUAGUAUCGGAUAGUGUGAAUGGAAGAAUAAUGGUAUUUGAUUUGAAUAGUGGUCUGUACAAAUCUGAUUUUUUCACAGAGUUGGCUCCUUGGCAAUUCGUAUUGGAAGAAAAUUAUGAUGGGGAAAAGAAUGAAGCACUCAUUUGCUCAACAGGUAACAAUUAUCUCAAAUAUGAUUUGUUACAAUUGCUCAAGUCUGAUAGAUCACGUAGAGCUACACCCAUUUGGAAGACCAAAUUUGAAAGAUUUAGCUGCUUUCAAUGCUGUGCUAUCAAGUAUGAAACGAGUGGAAAUACCUUGUAUUGUUGCAAUAGUGCAACUGAUACCAUUGUUGUCUACUCUUGUGCUAAUGGGUCUGUAGUGAAGAAGAUUACUCAAGCUGUUUCGUUUGAGAUCCCAAAUGACCCUAUCAAUUAUUCAUUCGCUAGACCUGUUGGUAUAGAUUAUAAUUUCAAUUCUGGAGCUCAUGAAUUUGUCUUGGCAAUGAUGGGAGAGAGUGUUUUCUAUAUCAGAGAAAGUCCUGAUGGUACUUGGGUGGUGAGAAAUGAAUUGGAAACUACUGUAGUUCAAGAUGGAAGCGAGAAAACAAUUUUAGAUAUGCCAUGUGCUGCAUUAAUAGAUAGAAAUAACCAUAAUGUCAUAAUUUGCUCGUAUGGAACAAGUUCAAUGGCUGUUUUCAAUAAGGAGGGAACAUUUAUUAAAUCAUUUGGUGCAAGAGGAAGGAAUGAAAAUAAUAGAUUUAUGGAUCAGACAAGUUGCUGUCUUAAUGAAAUCACUGGUGAGCUACUCAUUGUAGACUCACACAAUAAUCGUGUACAAAUUUACAAAUGA